AUGGAGAUCUCAGUGGAGAAGAUUGAGGGCAGCACGGACGUCAAAUAUUUCUACGAUUCCUACACCGUCCACAUCGGAAACCACCGUAUCCUCACCGUCGUUACCUACUGCGAGAUCACCGCCGGCAAGUGGCUUAAACAAGCCAAAAAAGCUAACAACUCCAAGUCCCUCCCUAAAACCCUUGUCGUUGGCUUCUCCGUUGAACGCCAAAACGAUUACUACUCCCGUUACGGCCUCCUCGAGUUUCCGUACGAGCUACUCCAUAUCUGCAUCGGCUCACAUUGUCUCCUCUACCGUUUAAACGACCCCGACCUUUACAAGCCUCCCAAGUUCCUCGCCCAUUUCCUCUCUGAUCCGGAGGUAAUUGUAGUCGGGAUGGGGAUCAAAGACAAAUCGAGUCAUUUGGAGAAAGAGUUCCAAGUUAAGAUAAAGAACGCGGUGGAUUUGAACGAGUUGGCUGUGAAAGGGAUGAAGAGAGACGAGCUUGAUUUAGGAAGGUACGAUUUAGAUAGGCUCGCUAAGGCUGUGCUGGGGAAACACAUGGAUGUGUUGAGACCUGGGAGGAAAAUCGAGUGGUUUAAGAGGAAGAGGCCAUAUUAUCACAGUCCUGAGUUGAAUGAUGAGAAGGUCAUGUUUACCACUGCUGAUGCUUAUCUUUGUUACCGUAUUGGAUCUCAGCUCUUUGAUAUGAUCCAUGGGAAAGCUUCCUCUGCUAUUGCCGCCGCCGCCGCUGUUGCUGCUGCUGCUAAGUCCAGGAAAAACAAGAAGAUGAAGAAAGGCAAGAAGAACAAAAAAGGUGGACUGAAUUCUCCGUUUAGGGAUUUUAUUUUUCUGCAGCUAUCUUUUAAAUGA